AUGGCUGACGCAUUUUCGGUGCGGGACUGUGCGAUGACACAAGAGCAAGUGCUGGAGAGUUUUGCCGAGUUCGACACCAACCUCCACCUGAUUGACGAGGUGGCGGAGUUCAAUCGGGUGCGGAGCGCGAAGGAGAGUUCGUCGGCGGGGACGUACACGUUUUCGUUCUCGCUGACGGAGGACACGGUGGAGCUCAUCAAGCGGGAGCGACAAAAGCAGCGGGACGAGGAGAGCGAACGAGGGGACGGCGGCGAGACUCCAGCGAGGCAGCGCUCGUCGCUGGCCUCAUCGUCGGGACCCUCGCAGACCGCGUCGGCCUCCGAGCCCGAGAGCGAGGACAGCGUGCGCGCCGAUGACGACAGCACGCGAGAGGACGACGACGCUGCCACCACCACGACCACCACCACCACGACGACGGACGCCACCAACAAGGGGGAGAAGGAGAAGAAGCGAGAGCGGAAGAACUCGAAGGAGAAGAAGGAGCGAAACAAGAAGGAGAAGGGGAAGGGAGACAAGGGGAAGGAGGAGAAGGAGAAGGAGAAGAAGAAAAAGAAGAAAUCGGACAAGAAGGACAGGGCGCGAACGGAGCGCGACAUCAAGAAGGCCAGGGAGAAGGAGCUCGCCAAGAUGACCGCCAGUGUAUAA